GGGGGCCCACGGAGCAGGAGAGCAUCCCGGCGUCCCAGUCCCGGCCUCAGACGGCGUGGCCCGCGGGUCAUGGCCAAAGGAGAGGGCGCCGAGAGCAGCUCCGCGGCAGGACUGCUGCCCACCGGCAUCCUUCAACCCGGUGAACGCCCGGCGCAGGUGAAGAAGGAACCGAAAAAGAAACAGCAGCUGUCCAUUUGCAAUAAGCUCUGCUAUGCUGUUGGAGGGGCUCCCUACCAGGUGACAGGCUGUGCCCUGGGGUUCUUCCUGCAGAUCUACCUGUUGGAUGUGGCUCUGGUGACCCCUUUCUCUGCUUCCAUAAUCCUCUUUGUGGGCCGAGCCUGGGAUGCUGUCACUGACCCUCUGGUGGGCUUUUGCAUCAGCAAGUCCCCCUGGACCCAAUUGGGUCGCCUCAUGCCCUGGAUCAUCUUCUCCACACCCCUGGCAGUCAUCGCCUAUUUCCUCAUCUGGUUCGUGCCUGACUUCUCACAGGGCCAGACCCUUUGGUACCUAAUUUUCUAUUGCCUCUUUGAGACACUGGUCACGUGUUUCCACGUUCCCUACUCAGCGCUCACCAUGUUCAUCAGCACGGAGCAGAGCGAGCGGGACUCUGCCACUGCCUAUCGGAUGACCGUGGAGGUGCUGGGCACAGUGCUAGGCACAGCGAUCCAGGGGCAAAUUGUGGGCCAAGCAAAUGCUCCUUGUCUCCAUUACCCUAAUGAAUCUUCAUUGGCCCCGGAAAGUGCCAAUCGAACACACAGCACCACCUCACUAAAACAAACGCAAAAUGCAUACCUGCUGGCAGCAGGGGUCAUCGCCUCUAUCUAUGUCAUCUGUGCCAUCAUCCUGACCCUGGGGGUGCGGGAGCAGAGAGAACCAUAUGAGGCCCAGAAGACUGAACAAAUAUCCUUCGUUCGGGGCCUCCGGCUGGUCAUGAGCCAUGGUCCCUAUGUAAAACUCAUUGCUGGCUUCCUUUUUACCUCCCUGGCUUUUAUGCUGGUGGAAGGAAACUUCGCCUUGUUUUGCACCUACACCUUGGGCUUCCCUAAUGAAUUCCAGAAUCUACUCUUGGCCAUCAUGCUCUCAGCCACAUUCACCAUUCCCAUCUGGCAGUGGUUCCUAACUCGGUUUGGCAAGAAGACAGCUGUAUAUGUUGGCAUCUCAUCAGCAGUGCCAUUUCUUAUCUUGGUGGCCCUCAUGGAGAGUAACCUGUUUGUCACAUAUGUGGUGGCCAUAGCAGCCGGUGUCAGUGUAGCAGCUGCCUUCCUGUUACCUUGGUCCAUGCUGCCCGACGUCGUCGACGACUUCCAUCUGAAGCACCCCAACUGCCAUGACUCCGAGCCCAUCUUCUUUUCCUUCUAUGUGUUCUUCACCAAGUUUGCCUCCGGCGUCUCGCUGGGUAUCUCCACCCUCAGUCUUGACUUUGCCGGGUACAAGCCACGGGGCUGCUCCCAGCCAUCAUUGGUCAAGUUUACCCUGAAGAUGCUGGUGACCAUGGCUCCCAUCAUCUUCAUCCUGCUGGGCCUCUUCCUCUUCAAGCUGUACCCCAUCAACGAGGAGAAGCGGCGGCAGAAUAAGAAGGCCCUUCAGGCUCUGCAGGACGAAGCCAGCAGUUCAGCUUGCUCCGACUCAGACUCCACAGAGUUGGCCAGCAUCCUUUAGGCCUGUGUGACCCAUGAUGUCUCCAUACACAGGGCCUGGGUCAUCAGGCCACAUGAGGGACCAGAACCUGUUUGCCCACUCACUGGACAGCUGUUCUUCAGGUGCCAGCUAGGACAGGGACCAAGCACUGAAAGGCAAACAGCCCAGGACAUCUGUGUCUGCAUAGAGCUGGCCGAGCUCCAUACUGCCACCCUUCUGCCCAUCCACAGGACCAAGCCCUGGGGCUGCUACUGUGAAUAUGCCAAGGACUGAGCGGGCCAAGCCCCGAACACUAAUGUAGAAACUUUUUAUACAGAGACUAAUUAAUAACUUAAUGACUAUGUACAUAGUGAGGUGUGUGUAUGUAUAU